GGCACGUUGUGCAACCAGAACUUUUAAACAUCUGUAAGGCUCGGCAGCGCUGCAGUCGUGCUUGGCGGUGACAGCAUCCGGUCCGUGUGCUCCACUACUUCCUGUCUGCAUUUCGUUAGCUCGGAACGUAGAGAAGUCUCUCUUAAUGCAAGGAUGCUGUCCCUGACUCGAGCGGUGGUGGGUGGGGUGGCUCGUGUUCCAGCUGCUGUCAGCCAAGGUGGAGUGACUGCUAUCACCCGAUUCAGUAGCACAGCACAGAGUCCUCCUAAGAAAACAUCAUUUGGACCGUUGGCAGAUGAGGACAGAAUUUUCACAAACCUUUAUGGCCGUCAUGACUGGAGGCUGAAGGGUGCUUUAAAGCGUGGUGACUGGUACAAAACUAAGGAGAUCCUUUUGAAGGGAGUCGACUGGAUCCUCAAUGAGAUCAAAGUUUCUGGCCUGCGUGGGAGAGGUGGAGCUGGUUUUCCUACAGGCAUGAAGUGGGGCUUCAUGAAUAAACCCAGCGAUGGCAGACCAAAGUAUCUGGUGGUGAAUGCCGACGAGGGAGAACCUGGCACCUGUAAGGACAGGGAGAUUAUGAGGAAUGACCCACACAAGCUGGUGGAGGGCUGCCUGGUCGCUGGGAGGGCCAUGGGGGCACGUGCUGCUUAUAUCUAUAUCAGAGGAGAGUUCUACAAUGAGUCAUCCAACCUACAGGUGGCUAUCAAUGAGGCCUACGCUGCUGGUCUCAUUGGGAAGAAUGCCUGUGGCUCAGGUUAUGACUUUGAUGUGUUUGUGAUGCGUGGUGCUGGAGCGUACAUCUGUGGAGAGGAGACUGCUCUUAUCGAGUCCUUGGAGGGAAAGCAGGGGAAGCCCCGCUUGAAGCCCCCAUUUCCUGCUGAUGUGGGUGUAUUUGGUUGCCCAACAACUGUUGCCAAUGUGGAGACUGUGUCUGUGGCACCUACCAUCUGUCGCCGUGGAGGCUCGUGGUUCCUGGGUUUUGGCAGAGAGAGAAACUCUGGCACAAAACUCUUCAACAUCUCGGGCCAUGUUAACCACCCCUGCACCGUAGAGGAGGAGAUGUCUGUCCCUUUGAAAGACCUCAUCGAGAGACACGCAGGUGGAGUGCGUGGUGGUUGGGAUAACCUGCUGGCUGUAAUCCCUGGUGGCUCCUCAACACCCCUCAUUCCUAAGAGUGUGUGUGAAGAAGUGCUGAUGGACUUUGACAGCCUCAUCCAGGCUCAGUCUGGCUUAGGCACGGCCGCGCUUAUUGUCAUGGACAAAUCUACCGAUGUUAUCAGAGCCAUCGCCCGCCUGAUUGAGUUCUACAAACAUGAGAGUUGCGGCCAGUGCACACCCUGCAGAGAAGGAGUGGACUGGAUGAAUAAGAUGAUGUGGCGUUUUGUGAAAGGGGAUGCACGGUCAGCAGAGAUCGACAUGAUUUGGGAGAUCAGUAAGCAAAUUGAGGGACACACUAUCUGUGCUCUGGGAGAUGGUGCGGCAUGGCCAGUGCAGGGAUUGAUCAGGCACUUCAGGCCUGUGAUGGAAAGCCGAAUUUCUGAAUACCAGCAGCAGGCCAGGGCUUAAAUGGCUCCUUCACCUUGAACUCAUUCUCCUGCCUCACAUGCCCUUAACCCUGUGGCUGUGUCACUGAUGAAUUAUUUAAAGCGAUAAUGUGUCGUCUUAUCACCUCAUCAUCAAGUUUUACAUUGAUGUAUCUGCCUUGUUUGAAUAAAGUUCCAUGAACCUUAAA